UCGAGCAGAGUCCUGCUCCUGUGAUCCCGAUCACGGUCCGUCAGUCAGUCAGUGCCUCUCUGCUCUGACCCUCCGGCUCUCCCUGCAGAGCUCCAACAUGCUGCUGCCGGGAAACAAGUCCUCCAGCUGGGCUGAACUCCCGGAGUCCAACCGCUCCGAGGCGCCGGGUGGCGGCGGCGGUCCCGGGCUGGAGGCGGUGAUCGUGCCGGUAGUGUUCGGGUUGAUCUUCGUGGUGGGGGUAGUGGGGAACUCUCUGGUGAUACUUGUGAUCGGGAAGGUAAAGUACGGAGGUGUUGGAGGAGGAAGCGGGAGGCGCUCCGGCAACCCGACCAACAUCUUCAUCCUGAACCUGAGCGUGGCGGACCUCAGCUUCCUGCUCUUCUGUGUCCCCUUCCAGGCCACCAUCUACUCCCUGCCGCAGUGGGUGUUCGGAGCCUUCCUCUGCAGGUUCGGACACUACUUCUCCACCGUCAGCAUGCUGGUGAGCAUCUUCACGCUGGCGGCCAUGUCCGUGGACCGCUACAUCGCGGUGGUGCGCUCCAAGAAGUCUCCGUGCGUCCGGAGCCGCCGAAACGCGCUGGCCGGGGUGUGCGUGAUCUGGACUCUGUCUGUGGUAUGCUCGGUGCCGGUAGCCCAGCACCAGUUCCUCACCAGCCACCCCAACGCCCCCAACAGCACCUUCUGCUGGGAGGAGUGGUCCGGAGCCUCCAGACUGUCCUACAAGGUGUCCGUCCUACUGCUCGGGUACCUGCUGCCGCUGCUGCUCAUCUGCUGCUGCUACACCAGGGUUUUGUUUCAUCUUCAUAAAAAGAUGAAGAACAUGUCCAAGAAGUCCGAGCGCUCAAAAAGAAAGACGGUUCAGACGGUCCUCCUCGUCGUCUCUGCCUUCACUAUCUGCUGGCUGCCCCACCACAUCAUAGCCAUGUGGGUGGAGUUCGGCACGUUUCCCCUGAAUGACGCCUCCUUUGCCUUUCGCAUUAUCUCCCACUGCCUUUCUUACGGAAACUCUUGCGUAAACCCCAUCCUCUACGCCUUCCUGUCUGAGAACUUCCGCAAGGCCUGCCACCAGGUGUUUACCUGUCGCUUAAUAUACCCACCGCCUAGGGGCAAGGUGGUUCGCUUCCGCAUAGAGAACUUCUCCAACACGCACUCCACCACCAACAUAUGAAGGAACAAGGGACGUGAUUACACAAAAAACUAGAGCACAUUCAUUUCCUGCAGUGGAAACCUGAGGGAGUGCUGAAUCUGAACAGAGUUUUUUACAGCAGGAUGUGGGUCACAUGACAUCAGGACCACAUGCGAUCGAUCGGCUGCUGACUGCACUGGUCCGGUUAUGGAGGUUCAUUAGGGACAGUAUUAAACACUGAGGGGAUCAGGAUGUCUCAGCUCAGAAAGAUCAGCACUGUUUUUUCAUUUAGUUACUAAGAUAAAACAAAUAUUAAAGCUAAAAUUAUAAACUAAUGUUUGAUAAUAAAAACAACAGUUAUUAUCUUUUGAGAAAUGGAAAAUUAUAAAUGCAGUAUCAUUAUAAAUUGUGUUUCCUUAUAUACAAAGUGACGAGAUUACACAUUUAAAUAGUUUAUUUUUGAUAAAAAAGGUUUCCCCAACCCUUAAAGAAACAGCAUAUGAGGGACUUAGCAUAUGUUUAAAUUUUCUGUUAUUACGUUUUAUAUUUAAAUCUUUGGGUGUUCUUAGUUUCCCCUGCUGAAAGAUACAUUUCUCAAGUUUAUGUUCUUCAACACAACAGUUUAAAUUUAGGUUUUUUCUUAUUUUCUGGACAUUGAGGGUCUAAUAUUAACACGAACAUUUCAACAUUUAAUUAUUAAAUAUAAAAGUAUACAGAGGACCAAACCCGACAGAUCACAAAUAAAUAAAUAAAUUACCAAAUUAAAUAAUGUAUAUGAUAUGUAGUAAAUAUUUGUUGGUAUAAAAAAAGUAUAAUACACACAAAGCAAUUCAAAUAUGUAAUUCAAAUGUACAAAUAUAGUUGAGUUUAAAUGGACAUAUUAAUUAUUUUCUGUCA